AUGCUGGUCCAGGGAGCAAAUCUAUUAAAUAUUGGUGCCACGCUGAUCAAUGAGUUUAUUUCUAAAGCGCCAAGUCAAAUUACAAGUGUUUUAAGUCCUUUCACUAUAGUCGCCUGCUGCAUGAGCUCUUCUGCAUUAUUCGCAAUAAAUCAUCGAAAAUGGUCUGUGAUUUUCAAUCGAAUCGCUGAUCAUAAUAAAUUCGGAAAACCACCAAACUUUGACAAAAUCAGGAAGCAACAAGAAAAGAUGGCAAUUCUCUGUAUUAUUUCUUCAUUUCUUGGUAUCAUAUUUGCAUUAAUAUUGGUGUUGAUACAAGAAAGCAGUUGCAAUAAGAUUCCAGAUCAUAAGUCAUGCGGAAUAUUAAUCCCCAUUUUUUGGCCUCCUGAAGAUGAGGUUACCUUACUAACGAAACGUUUAAUUUUAAUAUACCAAUGCCUAGGUUGCACGUUGCACACAUGCUUUCUUAUACCAUCGCUUAUCGUGUUUGGUGUUAGCAACUUUAUUGCAGCCAGAGCCGAUCACUUGGCUGAUUUAUUUCGGGAACUUUGUUUGAUUGAAGAUGCAGCAGAACAGUUCCAGCAUUUUAGAAUUUGGGUGCAGUAUCAUCAGGAUACGAUCAGACUAUGCGAACAGUUAAGACCAGUCGCUAAAAGUACUACAGGACAUUUGACUAUAGUUUAUCCAAUAUUGUUGGGAGGUUUGGCGCAUCAAUUUACAAUGGCUUCAGAUGAAAAACUAUCUAUCUUUAUGGUGUUGUUUAUCUCAGUUGGAUUCUUUAUAUGCCAUAGUGGACAAGUAAUCGAAUCUAAGGUGAUGAUCUAA